UUGUCCGAUACUCACCGCUGAACGUCAUUUCAAAUUUCCCAUUCAGAUUUCAGUUUCCUGUCGAAAAUUCCCCAAACUCUCUACACACUCUUUUCGCUUCCCUUAAUUUUGCUACGGUUGGCGAUUACACCAUCAGAAGCAGAGCGAAGAAGAAAUGGAGGACGAUCUCUUCCUGAUAGAGAUUUCCGGCGCCGACGAUUCCUUCCUGCAGAACAACGCCGACGACGCUCCUUCCUAUUUCUCUUGCUCCCCAUUCCACUUCCCCAGAUCUAAGCCGCCUCUUCCAAAUGAAAUUGGUUCAGUUCAUAAAUGCUAGUUAUUUAUUAUUUUAUUAUUAUUAUUGUUAAUCAAUUAUUUCAUUGUCUUUCAAUUCUUUUGUUGAGUGGGAAGGGGGAGGAUCCUGGGUUUGGAACAUUGAACGUGGGGGUGUCUCCCUCUUUAAGGCAGUGGGCAAACCAACUGCUCCAGGCGUGGUGGUUUUUUGUGGCCAAAAGGCAUGGAGUUCUUAAAAUACCACAUCUCAUACUUUCUAAUUAUAAUAGCCCGGCAAGGAAGUUAUUGCUGAACUGGCAGCAGGUGCAAUCUAGAUUCAGUUUGAUGAGUCCACCCUUGGCCUGAAUUUCACCAAUUGGAAGCAUUUACUCAUUUUGACUUAGAGCUAGAAUAUUCUCUAUCUGGCUGCAGGUGUUGCUUGAGAUAUACUUUGCUGAUGUUACUGGUGAAGCAUACAAAGACACUCACAUAUUUGAAGUGUGCCUCUGGAUUUAGAUUUGAUCCCAUCCACGGUAUAAAACACUUUUUGACUUAUUAAGGGUGGAUUUCCUUUAGGCAAACUGCAGUUUGCUGGAGUGGUUGAUGGAAAGAACAUUUGAGCUGAUGAUCUUGCUCCUUCUCUCUGUGUCCUGCAGACUCUUGAGGACAUCCUUGCAAAGGUGUUUAGCCAUUACACAUUUCUUUCUAAUUGAAAUAUUAGUUUAAUUCGUUACGAGUUAUGUAAUGUGUUUGUUUUUGUUCUAUUAUGGACAAGGUUGUGGUCUCUAUAUCAUGCACACUGCUCCACACCAUAAUUGACAUGGUCAAUGAAACUAAGUUGGACAAAGAAGAGUUCAAGUCUUGGCUUGCAUUCAUUGCACAAAAAUUGCUCAAAGCCAAAGCAUUGGUUGGCCUGGUACAUUUUUUCUGAUGCUUUCUGAAAUUUCUUAACCUUUGUGUUACCUUGUCCUCAAUGAUAAAACUAUCAAUCACCUUUGCUCUAAUGAUAAAAGUAAAUGCAUUGUUCAUGU